CUCGUUAAGAGAUGGCAUUUUGCCAACUCGUCUGACUUUGCCAAAACUUGAGUUUUGUUGUGGAGAAGGAGAAUGUAUGUUCGGGUUGAAAGCUCAAGAAAAAAUAAAAAGGACUUCUUGUAAGCAAAGACACAAGUGCCUUUGGUUCAUCGAUCCUUUGAAAGCACGCAAGUAAGGCGGAGUACCCAGAGAACUUUUGGAAUGGAAUACGACAAAAGUAAUCUACAAAGUUCAGUUGACAGAAAUGACUUACAGGAUGAAAAAGGACCCAAUGAAAGAGAACACGAUCAGCCACAAUACCAUGAGAACUCUGCUUCGAAAGGGAAAUUGCUUAUCAUUGAUGAAAAUGUUCUAGCACAAAAUAAUCAUCAACUAGAAAAUGUUCCAAAAUUAUCUGAAGAAAAGAUUCCUCGACAUGUCCACGAGAAGACGAUACCUAAUGAAAGUCAAGCUUCAGAAAUAGACAAAAAAGAUCACGACGCUCCAGAUGAGCAGAAUAUCGAAUAUUCCGAGGAACGUCCAUUACACAUUGCCUUGGAAAACAAAAAAGAGACGUUACUUUGUGAACCGUGUUCUUUAGAAAACGAAACAAAUCCUGCUACCCAUUUUUGCUGUGAUUGUGAAGAUCCUGAACCCCUUUGUAGGCCUUGUGCACAUCAGCAUCUUAGACAGAAAUCUAGUAGAGGCCAUACUUUAUGUGAUGAUAUUGAAAAAUUUCAACAGAACAAAUGCCAGGCUCAAAUGGUGCACAACGUCGAAGUGAAAGAAAAUGAACGUAAUUGUGGUCCCUGUUCUUUCGAAAAUUUGCAAAAUGUUGCUACACACUUCUGUGAAACAUGCCAAGAUCAUGAACCAUUGUGCGAGAUGUGCGCAAAGCAACAUCUGCGUCAGCGAUCUAACCGUGGUCAUACCCUGGGCAAAUAUAGCUGCAUAAAAGACUUUAAUGACCAACAGACCUCGUGUCACCAAAAUCCCAUAGAUGACAAAAGUUCAUUAUUACUUUCUGGAAAUAAGAUCCCUGGAAAACCCUAUGCAUCCAGUGUUAAUUCUAAUUCUGUGGCUUUGUUUUGGGAAAAAUCCUUGAAUACGAGCAAUCAUUACCAAAUCCGUUAUAAAAGCAAGGGGGGAGUGGAAAAAUGGAAAUUUCAGGAAACUGAAAAAAAUGAAAAUCGAAUAAUCAUAACAGGAUUGAAAGCAAAAACGGCAUAUAUAUUUCAAGUGCGCGGAGUGUUCGAAGAUGAGGAAGGACCAUAUGGGCCAAGCAAUGAUUCCAUUGUGACGACAGAAUCCAUGGCAACGACUCUUAUUAAACAUUCAACACUCAUCAGCACAGAUAUCCCCAACAAAUAUCAACUUCCCGUGCGGGAGAAUUUAAGAGCUCGGAACACAGCUGCACGAACUAGGCAAUUGAUACUAGGAAAACCGAGAAUGGGUUAUGAUGACGAAAGAACGAUUAUGUUAGUCGGCGCAACCGGCUCUGGAAAAAGUACGCUGGUAGAUGGUAUUGCCAAUUAUGUUCUUGGUGUCAACUUUGAGGACCCCUUCAGAUUUUCAUUGGUAACGUUAGAGAAAGACGAAAUGAAAAUCAACAAUCAGGCUAUAUCUCAGACGGAAUGGAUUACCGUCUAUAAAAUCAUGCCUUCAGAAGACAGUCGGCUUAACUACACUCUCAAUAUUAUCGACACACCAGGGUUUGGGGACACUAGAGGACUUGAAAGGGAUCAUGGUAUCAUCGACCAAAUACGUCAUUUAUUUUCAGCGCAAGGUGAACAAGGUGUGCUUUACAUCGAUGCUGUGUGUUUUAUAGUCAAAGCGCCAGAUGCACGUCUCACAGCAGUACAGAAGUACAUCUUCAGUUCCAUUAUGUCACUUUUUGGAAAAGAUAUAAAGUCAAACAUUUGCACAUUAGUGACAUUUGCUGAUGGCGCAGAACCGCGGGUACUGGCGUCAUUAAAAGAAUCCAAGCUCCCAUUUGGUUCUAUCUUUCAAUUCAAUAAUUCAGCUCUCUUUGCCGAAAACAAGAACAUGCUUGAUUCGUCUUUAUCGCAAUCAUUCUGGGACAUGGGACGUUGUAAUUUUGAAAACUUUUUGACGCAUAUUAACCAAUUCGAAACUAAGAGUCUGCAUCAAACAAAAGACGUCCUAGAAGAAAGAGAACGCUUAAAAUCUGUCGUCUCUAACAUCCGUCCACAAAUUUCUGCUGGAUUGUCAAAAUUAUCAGAGUUAAAAGAACAGCUGGAUAUACUUACAAAGUAUAAAAAUACCAUAAAGGCUAACCAGAACUUUACGUAUCAGGUCACGGAAACAAAGCAGAAGAAGAUUGACCUGCCAUGGGAUGAGAAUGUUACAAAUUGCAUAAACUGCAACGUCACGUGCCACAAAAGGUGUCGUGUCGAGGACAAUGAGAAAAAACGGAAAUGCAAGGUGAUGGAUGAUGAUGGAUACUGCAAUGUCUGCCCAGAUGUCUGUCACUGGUCGGACCAUAAGAAUGCGUCAUACAGAUUGAAAUGUGUGACAGAAACUGUGACGAAAACAUAUGCUGAUAUGAAGGAAAAGUAUGAAAAAGCCAUGGGACAAACACUUUCGCACGAAAAGUACGUUCAAGAGCUAUCAGACGACUUAGAUGAAAAGAAUAUUGACAUUUUCAAUUUAAUUAUAGAAAUGAACCGCUGCAAAAACCGUCUGAAAGAAAUAGCACUUGGACCCGAUCCUUAUUCUACAGUUGAGCACAUUGACCUGCUCAUACUAUCAGAAGAAUUUGAUAAGCAACCAGGAUUUGAAAACAGAAUAAGGAGCCUUCAGGAUCUUAAAAAAUUGGCCCUUAUAGAUGACGACGUACAAAAAUUUGAUGAUAAACUUAACAUAACUGAUAAAAACAUUCAAGAUGCGACGGGAAAGUCUUUGAGGAGAAGACGAAUGCAGUCUGAGAGGAAGGGGCAUGCUCUCAGUCGCGGUCUCCAACGCACAGAUGAUAAGCUUUUUCAAGCAUGAAAAUUUGUUGAAUAACAGAAGCAGCAUAUACAAUCUGUACUCGUCAUUGUUUGAAUGUAUUGAAAACUUCAUGUUUAGAAAUAUGUAAUGAUAACUAGGACCAAGUUGACAUGAUUCUAUUUUCUGACACAGAAACAAAAUCGUGAAAAUUUGUUGUUAUAGAGAAUACACCUGAAUGGAAAAAUAUUGUAUAUAAGGAUAGGUAAAAAUGUACUUCGCUAGCGCUGCUUUUAGACAUU